UUUAUCAAUAUUCGUCAUAGAUAGUGCAUUCGGAAACAAAAGACGGUGUGUGAUUGUGUUAUUAAAAUUAAAAUUUAAUUUAAAUAAUGUGUUCCAGUGUUGUUCUGUGUUAGAAAAGAGUUUCGCAAUAUUUUUUUACACAAGUACCGUGUAAUAUGAGCCAUGAUACCUCACGUGGAUGGAUAUAAAGCAGAUCAGGAAGAGGACCACAUACCAUUCGCUAUUGAAAACGCUAAAAAUGUAAAAUGGUACGACCAGAUCCUUCUUAACAGACCUCUGAGGGUAGUAGUGGCAGUGCUUAUAGUAGCUAUAGUAAUCCCAGUUCUACUGUACCGAUACAUUUUCUUCCCAACACUUGAACUAGCUCCAACAGAUGGCCUAUCAAUGGGAUCCUGUGUAAUAGCAAGAGUUGCGAGACUUCCUUGCGGCAAGGAAUCGGUACCUCAAGAAGAUUGCCCUCCCCAAUGCUGUUAUGACCACAGCAACAGCUUAUGCUACCACCGAUAUCCAUCAAGAUUCUCCUACCUUCUCCGGGAAGAAUGGUCCGAACAAUUAAAUAUGACACCAAGAACUCACGUCCUACCCUAUCAUUCAAGUACAAGCCUCAGGAACAUCAGGCUUUCUAUCAACGAAGUGUCAGCCACCCAUCUCACACUAACCUUCCAUCAGUCAAACGACAUAAUAGGCCGAAGGAUUGAAGAGAAGAAUUACAACUACCAAGUCAAGCAUCCAGAAUUUAACAUAAUAGUACAUUCAAAUCAAGGAAUAAUUUUCAACACAGCACGAGGACCGUUGAUAGCAGCAGAGAACAUUUGGGAAAUGUCUUUUAAACUUACAGAUGAGACACUUUAUGGAUUGGGUGAAAUUCCUUUGGUACCAGGUACCGUUAAGGUUAUUUAUAACCAUAAAGGAGGGUUGAGUUCCAUUCCUUUAAUCUUUGCUAAAUCAAACGGAUCCUAUCACGGUGUCUUGAUAGACACAAUGGCACCAACAGAAGUGAUUGUUAGAAGAGACAAUCAGCUGGUCCUUCGCAGUAUAACGAAUUUUGGAUUAAAACUACAUUUGUUCGUCGGACCGGAACCUGCCGAUAUAAUGAGAGAUGCUAUGGCUGCUAUAAAGGUUGAGAAAAACUUGGAAUAUUGGAUGUUGGGCGCACAUAUUUGUAGAGAAGCAGUAACUGAUAAUGCCUUGGCGGACUUACGAACGUUCCUGGCAGCGGCUACUUCACAAGAUCUGCCUUUUGAGAGCCAUUGUGGCGCUUUCCCUAUUGUGUUCGAAACGAAAUGUAAUCCUGCUAUGGUGGAGACUGUCAACCAAGGAUCAGUUUUAGUCAAAAGUGCCGGAAAGAAGUAUAUGCCCCAUGUUUCGCCUUACAUAAAAUACACACCACCACCAAAAUCAGAAACCGAAGAAGAAGAAGGUACGACAGAAACUGCAGAAGCAAAAACUAAAACAACUUUAGUACCAGAAGACCGAUGUUUCGAUGACGAGAAAUUCGAACAAUACAUUAUUCGAGAUCCAGAUUCCAAUAAUCUCUACAAAGGGAAAGUUAAUGAUCACGAUAUUGUCUAUCCCGGAUUUUCUAGAGGUAGCGACGAGUUUAUGAAUAGUUUAUGGAAUUACAACACAGAAUUUGAUGGCAUUAUUUUGGAAAACAGCUGGCCAUUGGACGAAAGUAAAAAAGAUUUUAAUGAUUUAGAAGAUUAUUUGCCGUAUUUCAGUGAUAGUUUUGAAAACGCUUUUCGUUCAGUACCUCAAUGGAAUGCUUCACGUCCUGUCCGAAUUUUUUCGCGGUCAUCAGGUGACGCAGAAUUCCCGGGAGAAAUGUAUUACAAGACACAUAACGAAUAUGGCAAUCGAUUUGACGCCGCAUUCAAAGUAAUCAAAGGUUCUGUUCCAACACUAAGCACAAGUCCGUGGAUGAAUGGAAAAGUUGCCAUAAAUAGACAAGGUAUAUCAACUUCAUGGACGAACCUUCGGAAGGAACUUAUCGAAGCAAGUUUGGGAGGUGUUUCUGGCCAUUGGUACUGGUCGUCUCCCAUAUGUGGUGAUACUGGUGACUUCGAGAAGAAUUAUCAAACUGCGCUAUGCGCUAAAUGGUAUAUGGCAGCAACAUAUAUGCCAAUGAUUAAGAUAGACUCGAAGGUACACGCUAGAGAUCCUCUAAGCUUUGAUGGUACAGACAAAAGGCAUAUGAUAAAAGCGUUGAACAGACGCCUCAGUCUACUGCCAUAUUUCUACACAACUCUACAAGAAGGGCCUCUUCUCAGACCAAUGUUCUUUCAAUACCCGUCGAUAGACAAUAUGACAGAUUUGACGACUCAGUUCGCGGUCGGAAACGAUUUAUUAAUCGUACCAAACUUACAACCGAUGCAGACACAUGUCCAUGUAAGAAUGCCACCAGGCACGUGGUAUGAAUUCUGGAGUGGACUGGAAAUAUUUGGAGGUGUAGGAGAACCUGUUACUAUGACAACCACAGCAGCAGACUUCUUUUCUCUAGUGCGCGCUGGCUCUAUCAUCGUCAUGCAAAAGGAGACGCAACUAACAGCAGACCUGACACGCUUACAUUCUGGAUUCUCAAUUCUGGUGGCACUUGAAUGUGAAACGACCCUCAGUACUGGUGAAGACAAUUUCACAACAGAGCCUAUAACGACGACUGACGAUGAUAACAUAUCUGAUGAAAAAGAAAUAACUAGCACAGCUGCUCAUAGUGAAGCCACAACAGAAAAGUCAACAGGACAGACUGAUGAUGCAGAAAUCACUACAACUACCCAAACCGCAGAACGCUUAGUAAGAACGUGUGAUGCUAGUGGCAAACUCUUCAUGAGUGAAGACAUGAGUAUUUUAAUCAAAGCUACUUCUAAAACAGUGACAAUUACAGCUUUGGGCAAUGACUUUUCAGUAUUUUGUGAACGUAAUGAAGCUGUGUGGGCUAAAACUGUUAAUGAAAUCACAGUAUACGGCUUGGAAGACGACAAAAACAAUUAUGAUGAAUCAAGAGUCGUUAAAACGUCAAUAGAUUUGUGCGACCUAAUGGUUAAAGAAGAAAUUGUUUAUCGAUACGUUGGCAAUUAAAUUAAUUACGAGCUUUUAAAUAUGAAUUUGUAAAAAAGUUUUUAAUGUUCCCAUACAGAUAGUUAAGAAAAAGAAAGUUCAUGCGCCCCUGGUUUACAAAUUUUCAAGUCUUAAAUCUUAAAUCAUGAAAACUGCUAAACCGAUUUUAAUGAAACUUGGUGCUCAUACGCAAAUCUAGUCUUAAAAACGUUGUCCGGGUUGCGGGGCAAACGCGAUUAUGUACCGCUUCCUCGGCCUGGAUCAGGUCAAGAAAAAGGUGCUUUUUAGUCACAAACCUGGCAAUUCGUCUGACCCCAACCAGGGCCAGAGAAUUUAUUUAAUGAUAAUCCACCCUGAAAAUAAAGCUCUGCAUAUCUAAUAUUGGAUAAUUGGACUCACCCAGAUUCGUGAGUUUACUGCUAACGUACAUAUCCUUAUUAAAAUUAUAAAAAAUUUGGACAAACUGUUAAUUAUUUUAUGGGAACGAUACCUAAAAUAAAUCGUUUUAGCAUUUAAGUAUGAUUUUAUAUCUCUUCCAGCUUUAUUUAUAUAUCUCAAUAUUUAUAUUCUUUUGAAGAAUACAAUAAAUUUACAUACUUAA